AUGGCCGCCCCGAUCGAUCAAAAAGAUACGUACUACCCACGCCAUUCGCAAGAUGCUAUUUCAGUUUGUAAUACUCUGAAGCAAUGGCUACCGUCCGAAAUCGUCCUCGAGGUGUUAUACUACGCCGAAUAUUGGCUUCUAUCCCGGAUCUGCAGGGAAGACGAAAUGCAAUAUGAGGAGAGGGACUGUCAUGGGCAACCACCAUAUUUGAGAUCGGCACCCAUUCAAGGCGAGCGGUACCCCGUGCGAAAGAUCCAAAUUACAAUCUGGAGCCAUGAUCAGGGGUGGAGUAGUUAUCCCCAGGAUCAUGGCUCCUUCAACAAUUCAUGGACAUGGUUUGACCUUAGCAUCGCCAGGCCGCCGGGGACAGAUGAUAUCUCCAAAGAUGCGAACUUGCGGCUGGCGACUAAUGUGCACGCAAGCAAGAAAACCAUGUGCCAUGAGAUUAUCUACCAUAGGGAUCAGAAUCUGCGGUGGGUUCGAAACCUUCAACCUGGCGAUCGGAUCUCUAUCAUUCCACGGGCGUUGUACCCCGGCUGGCGGAACUUUGUCGCGAAGGCUUGCAUCGAGAUCUAUACUACGCCGAUUUUGACUUGA